AUGAUUGAAGCCGCUGCUAUUCCGACUGCUCCUGUAAUGGCAGACCCCUCCAAGGGCCUACAGGCCCUUCGUGAGUCCAAGCCGCCUGCGACCGACACCUUCACCUACCUGACCAUUAUUGGUGAGGUCCUAUCCCCUGAGAUCCUGCCAGAGCUCAACGACAUCCUCCAGGAUGCGCAGCUCACCCAGGACAUUGGCUGGGAUCUGGUUGAGAUGCUCGUCCCCGUUCAUGGGAGCGAGCAAUGCCUGGAGACGAUUGCACAGCUGGGCAACCCCCGAGAGGUGAUCCUCAAGGUUCUGGAGGUCCUCGAAAAGAUGGUCGACGAUGCUACCGACGAGGAAGAUGAUGAGCAAACCACUGCGACAUUCGUCAACUUGGUUAGCAUGCUUAGCAUCCUCCACAAACGCCUCAACGUUGCGCGACCUUCUCGCUUCGUUCACACAACUCUCCAAAGCGUUUAUCGCACAUAUCAUCCACGCAACCCCGAGAUGACUGCUGCAGUCAUCGCCCUUAUCCGCUCCCUAUCUGGCGAAAAGCGCCCGCCGCUGCCUACUCGUCAGUCUAGCAACAAGCUCGACACUCCCUUCAAAGAUAGCGACCCCACGAAGAACGCACCUGACCCCGAGGCGGGGAAGUCCCAACAACUUGCGCCGACCGAGCCGGCUACAACGAAGCGACUACUGCAGUCUUUCAUCACCUGCAUAAUUGAGGCGUAUGUCAACUGCACGAGCAUGGAGUGGGCAUCUCGCCUCUUGGAGUUCUACAACCCAGAACGCGUGGUGGUCCGAAAAAGCAUGUUGCGUGCUUUCAAAGAGGACGGUGACUUUUUGGCACGGGACGCUCUGGUUGGCCAGCUAGUGGCACUUGCAGGAGAUCUUGGAUUAACCAGAGUGCAUGCUCUGUCAGUGAAGGAAAUUUUUGAAGGUUCCAUCGUCAACAGCCCCCUAUCCAUCGAGACCGAUGCCCUCACUCCCGAGGCAAUAAAGCUUUCUACUGGAGGUGUCUGGUGUCUGGUUGCAUACUGGCUAUUUUCGGCAGAAGUAUUCGACGCAGACUAUGAAGAGGUGCAAAUGACAAUGUUCCCAGACCACAUUAAGUUGUUGCAGGGCUUCCUCAGCGACGAUCCUCAGACUCGCAUCGUUGGCAACCCGGGUACGACUGAGGCACUGAUUGUCAUGGGACUGUGGUUAGAGAACUACAAGCGUAUAUCCCACACAGAUGGGACUAGCGACUUCAUGCCCUAUCAUCACUUACUUACGCUAGUCUCGGUCUUUCACCCUUCUCUGUCCGUGCGAAAUGCUGCGACAACUCUUGCCGGCCUCGUUCUUCACGAUGAUCCCGAUGACAACGAUCGUCUCAAGAUUCUGGAGGAUCUACUUGAGAACUGCAUCUUCUCCGCUCUGCAGGCAUCUGCAGUCUCGUGGUUGCGAGAGGAAAUAAUCAUUGCUCGCAAGCGCAAACUUACCAACAAAUUCGCGACAACAGACGCUAUUGAUACCCUACAGUACGCCUUGUUCCCCAAUAUGGCGUUUCUCAAAGAACAGGACGUCACCGCACUCUGGGAGUAUUGGGUGCAGAACUUCCCAUUCCACCUUCAGGUGGCCAACUUCGCGUAUUUCCUGUUCGCGAGUACCGACCUUCAGCAUCUAGUGCCGGCAAGUAUGCCUGGCGCUGUCGAGCAGCGCUAUGUCGAGCCGCUGCUACACGCAGCCAAGACACUUCAGACUGCCAUUGAGAAAAAGGAGAUUGACGACCAGGAACAGGGCGGUGAGGUGGUGACACAACUCGAGAUUCUGACCAUGCGGUUAAAGAGUUUGCCUUUGCAGUGA